ACGACUUCUAAAAGUGCAACACACAACUGAGCCACAUGCUGCGGAAGUAUAGUACUAACUACAAGUCAGAAGAAGUACCUUAGCUGAAAUUAUAUCAUACAGCGUUUAAUAGCUGUUUAAAGAUUGCACCAUGUCGAUCUCAGUGUUAAAAAGGGGACUCGAACUGCUUAAUGAAGAUCUUAAAGGUGUGGCCAAAGGUCAGAAGAAGAAGAGCACCAAGAAAGCAUCAGUGAUGGAUCAGAUUAGCACCAAUAAGCAGGGUGUUAGGAAGCAGAUCCGCCGACUGCAGACCCACAACACAGCCAGAAAAAACAAAGCCACGGUUAAAGACAAGCAGCUCAGAAAUGCCCUAGAGGAAUACAGAAAGAAGCAGAAGAAAAGUCAGCUCAAUUCCAACAUGCAGUACUUCCUGGGAACCAGCUAUAAAAUGCAGGAAAGCUGCGCAAAGAAGAUUGUGCAGCAGAACGUGGGACGUCAGUCCCGACACCAGCCAGAGAAACCCGUCAAGAAGCAAGAAAAACAAUCCAUUUUCACCGAGGCGGAAUUCCAAAAGUUCCAGGAGGAAUACUUUUCUAAACAUUGAUCUCACUAUGGACUACUGUGGACACUUGUGUUGGAUGUGGAAAAGGGAUCCUGCAUUCCAGGAAAACUUCUGGAGAAGUCAAAUGGACAGACACGCAGAAAUUCAGUUUCCAUUUCUGUGAAACAUUCAUAGUUUUGAGUUUGUGUUGUGCAAAUAAACAUGUGUUUGAUGGUUUGCCAAAA